CAAUGGCGGAAUGCUUGACUGCUCGGAAUUUAGAGCUUUCCGGAUUUAUUGGGAGGGCGGGAUGAUAUCUCUUGUUAGAAAAUGUCGACUUGGAAAGUGGUUGAAAAUUCUGAGUUGGAAGGAUUCAGACCCAAGACCUGUAAGAUACAUUGGAGUAACUACAGGAUGGUGGGCGUCGAGCACCUGGACGUUUAACCUCAACAGUGACCAAGAUCAAGAGAGCAGACAAGUUCUACAAUUUGAGACGACCCAACAGACAGGACCCAACUAUCACUACACACAUCUGACGGAUUACCUUUACGAGUUGGGACAACAUACAUCCAUUGCGUUUAGUGUGAAAGCGUGUAGCGACAUCUACGUUGCGCUUCUUUCGAGAAACUCCGGCGUAUGUGCCAUGUACGAAGUUCUAAUAGGUGGGUAUGGAAACACAUUGUCAGUCAUUCGCCGUGGGAAGAACCGUUACAAUUCCGUCACGAGACAGACUUCUCCAGCCGACUGUAAUUCGUUUAAGUCGUUCAUUGUUACCUGGCCAAUAGGAGUUCUCACCGUUUGGUACCAGUCUGAAGUUGGUGUAUGGCAACCCUUGAUGUCAUGGAGGGACCAUACACCGAUAGAUGUUCGGUAUAUAGGCAUGACAACAGGAAUGGUGACAUCAGGGACAUGGAAAGUGAAAGUUUAGACCUCAUUCAAACAGGAAACCAUAACAAACGAUCGCUGUAUCAUUAAAACAUGCUAAUGAUAACCAAAAUGUUUUUGGA